CACUUGAACUGACUCUCUAGUCUAGGCGUUCUGGCUUUCUGGCUUUCUGGCUUUCCUUUUGUUUCUAUUCGUUUACGGUAUCUCAAGUUUAUUCAAGCUGUAAACGCCCUGCACAUAACUUUUUGUUCAAUGAAUUCCAUUUCUACUUCUUCUUCAUCAAUGGCGUCUCCAUUUCUCUUCCCCUUAACCCAAUCCACUGUAAUGCCAGACCCUUCAUCUUUCUUCUCCCCCAACCUCCUCUCUUCCCCUCUUCCCACCAACUCUUUCUUCCAGAACUUCGUCCUCAACAAUGGCGACCAACACGAAUACUUCCAUCCUUACCUCGUUAAAUCCGCCAACUCUUCUCUUUCUCUCUCCUACCCUCUCAUGUUCUUCUCCACCGCCCUCUUGUACCAGGUCUUCGUCCCUGAUCUCACCAUCUCCUCUAAAUCCAACUCUCGAUGCAGUUCCUCUAAUAUAUCACAUGUCGUCUCGUCUUAUAGCGAUCUCAGUGUCACUCUUGAGCUUCCCUCUUCCAAUCUCCGAUUCUUUCUCGUGAAAGGAAGCCCCUUUGUCACCGCCGAGGUCACACGGCGGACGUCGCUUUCUAUCUCCACCGUCCACGGCAUUGUGUGGUUGUCGUCGAGUGAUUAUUUCACGAAACACACCAUAAGGCUUGAUAACAACCAGACGUGGCUCAUCUAUGCUUCUUCGCCGGUCCGUUUUAGGCGCACCUCGUCGUCGGAGAUUACCUCCGGUAAGGGGUUUUAUGGGAUCAUUCGGAUUGCGGCUUUGCCGGAUUCCGAGAAUCCCAAUUCCGAGCAAACUUUGAAUCGAUUCAGUUCUUGCUACCCUGUUUCUGGGGACGCCGCUCUGAAGAAACCCUAUCGUGUUGAGUAUAAAUUUCAGAAUAGAAGGUCUGGAGAUUUGCUUAUGCUCGCACACCCGCUUCAUCUCAAGCUUCUUUCUGAAAAAGAAAGCGAUUGUACCAUCCUUCACGAUUUCAAGUACAGAAGUAUCGACGGCGAUCUCGUCGGAGUCGUCGGAGCUUCAUGGGUUCUAAAAAUAAACCCAAUUCCUGUAACUUGGCAUUCCACAAAAGGAAUCAAACAAGACUCCUGCAAAGAAAUCAUCUCAGCUCUGGUUAAAGACGUGGACGAUCUGAAUCCAUCAAACAUUUCAACGAAUUCGUCUUAUUUGUACGGGAAGCAUGUUGCCAAUGCUGCGAGACUCGCACUUAUAGCAGAGGAAGUAUCAUAUCCUGAAGUAAUCCCAAAAGUCAAGAACUUUCUGAAGCAAUCCAUCGAGCCAUGGCUGUACGGAACGUUCAAAGGAAAUGGUUUCCUCUGCGAGAAAGAGUGGAAAGGACUUGUUACUAAACAAGGAUCUACAAGUACAGGUGCAGAUUUUGGAUUUGGGAUUUACAACGAUCAUCAUUAUCACAUAGGUUACUUCAUAUACGGAAUGGCUGUUCUUGCUAAGAUCGAUCCAGACUGGGGAGAAAAACACAAACCUCAAGCUUAUUCAUUAGUUGAAGAUUACAUCAACCUGGGAGGGAAAUCAAACUCAAACCCAUAUUAUACUCGUUUGAGAUGUUUUGAUCUUUAUAGUUUGCAUUCGUGGGCUGCUGGUUUAACAGAGUUUGAACAUGGCAGAAACCAAGAGAGUACAAGUGAAGCAGUGAAUGCUUACUAUUCAGCAGCUUUAAUGGGUUUAGUAUAUGAAGAUUCAGACUUGAUGGCCACUGGUUCAACCCUCACAGCUCUGGAGAUUCUUGCUGCUCAAACAUGGUGGCAUGUGGAAGAAUCAAACAAAAUGUAUGAAGAAGAGUUUGUGAAGGAGAAUAGGAUUGUGGGGAUCUUGUGGUCUAACAAGAGAGACAGUACAUUAUGGUGGGCUUCUGCAGAUUGCAGAUCUUGCAGACUUCUGAUUCAAGUUCUGCCAAUAACACCAAUCACAGAAGUGUUAUUCUCUAAUGUGGGAUACACGAAGGAGCUUGUUGAAUGGACAGAGCCUGAAUUGAAAGAUGCUGAAGAAUCAAGGAAAGGGUUUGUCUUUGCAUUGGAAGGGAUUUAUGAUCAGGAAAAUGCAUUAAAGAAAAUCAGAAAGUUGAAAGAUUUCAAUUUUUUGACCAAUCUACUUUGGUGGGUUCACAGCAGAGCAAAAGGGAAUCUGUACGAAUAUUAAAAACGGAGGACUCUGAUUUCAUGUGAUGUUGUUACCCCCCCCCCCCCCCAAAAAAAAAAAAUCAUUUGGAGGCCUUCGUUUCUGAAUACUUAUGCCUGCUUUCCAUUUCCAUAUUCAAAGGA